AUGAACUUCUCCGGCAAGUACCAAGUGCAGAGCCAGGAAAACUUUGAGACCUUCAUGAAGGCAGUCGGUAUGCCUGAUGAACUCAUCCAGAAGGGGAAGGACAUCAAGGGGGUGUCAGAAGUCGUGCAUAACGGAAACCACUUCAAGUUCACCAUCAUCACUGGCUCCAAAGUGAUCCAGAACGAGUUCACCUUGGGGGAGGAGUGUGAGAUGGAAUUCCUGACUGGGGAGAAGGUCAAGGCGGUGGUUCAGCUGGAAGGUGAGAAUAAACUGGUGACAACUCUCAAAGGCAUCAAGUCCGUGACUGAAUUCAACGGUGACACAGCCAUCAGCACCAUGACACUGGGGGACAUCGUCUUCAAGAGAAUCAGCAAGAAAAUUUAG